AUGUCGAACAUUGCUGCCGACCUUCUCGAGCAGCUACUCCGAGUCGCUGGUUCUUAUAACGACUUCGAUGUUUAUCUUGCAGUCGAGUCCUUUGAGAUCACAACCGCCUUGGCCGACCAUGGUAGAAUCGUUGCAGAUCUUUUCCGCUGUAUCAUCGUUGAGGCCAGAAACCAUCCCAACAUUGAUCUGACCGACGACGAGAUCGUCGCCCUGCUGAGAGUCUCCCACAAGAUCCGAUUCAACUAUACACUCGUCGAUGCCGUCAACCCCGAGAUUGCCCCCGAGGUCAUCCUUCCCACCCCGACUGCACGCUGGUACAAGAGAGCCCGAGCCCGCGUUCGCAACAUCAUGACCCCCGUCACCGCCGAGCGUCCUGCUGGACCUCAAACUCCUGCCACUACAGGCUCUGGAACCAUGCGUACCUGGCGCGAGAGACCCCCGACCAAAACCUCUCUGCGCAUGAUGAUGACCACUGCCAAGGCUGCGUAUCGUCGCCGUCGCCAUGGUCGCAAGGAUCGUGACCACUAA